AUUUGCAUAUUUUAUAAGUUGCACAAUCUGAAUUAUUUGAAUUUAUGGCCUCAUUUUUCAGAAGAAAUAAACGCCUUUCGGAAUGGUAUCGUAGGCAAUAGCUUUCCUAUUGAGGGAGCGAUUUAUUGUUUAUAUGCCUGCGGAGCCUAUCUUGCUUGGGAAUUGCAAGAUCUAAAAUCAAAGAACGAUAUUGAACGAGCCGAAAAACUUAAAUUAAAUUUGGAAGGAUACGUUGUAGUUUGCAAUGGCAUUAUUUGCAAUGUCGAUGAUGACGAUAUGUGUCGUGCGGCUGUGCUUGCAAUUUGCGAUCUAUCCUUGGAUUUCAACCCAGAAUUAGGCACCAAUCCAAACGACAUAGUACACAAUCUGGUUUUAACCCUCGACUCGGACACUAUAUCAACAAUAAACCAAUUCACGGAAGAGUAUGUUUUCACAAAACAUCUGACAGAGGGACAUGAUAAAGAUUCAAGCCAGAUAUCUAAACGUCGUGAAGUCUUGGAACGGUUUUGCAAAAUUAUAGGUUUUAAUAUUAUACCAGGAUAUCAUGCGGCCUUUGUUCUAAAGUAUUAUGUAAAGUGUAAUAAAUGCUAUGGCGAUAUCAUAAAGAAUUUGGUUGCCAGGAUGCGUCAGCUUAACCUCAUAAACAGCACUCUGACCAUGUGGUUGGCUUUGUCACAAAUGUAUACGGAUUUGCAAACUACACUUGGUGAUAAUAAACGACUUGAUGGAACUGUUAAAGAAUUUGCAGAAUUGAAGACUUUGGCCAGAUAUCUAUCGCUAAUGUUGGGGCUUGACAAAACAAAAAAUCGCGAUGCAAUUUUGGAGCUGCACAAGGCUGGAAUUUUGUUUGCAGUUGAUAAAAUUGGAAACAACAAAGAGCCUCCUAUUCGGUUGCCGUUUUUAGAAAUAUUGAGUGAAUUUUCAGGCAAACUUUUGGCGCCGGAUAAAAAAAUUCCAAAAUUUGAAACAGGCAUUGGGACGUAGUCUUCCAAACGAUGCACCUAAAGCACCCCAAUGGGAUGCUUAUAAUUAUUAUCGCCAGUCUUUAUUGGGUUCCGAAGAUGGGGCAGUCUUACUCACUCCUUCAAGAACACCCAAGAGAACCAGAAACCCUAGGAAAAAUCAAGGCAGAAAGCAGAGUCGGAAACAACUUGAUUUCUCGUCUGUCGAACCAGAGCUAAAUAUUGAAUGCACCAAUUCCGAUGAAUGAUUUUUCAUAAACC